ACUUUAAUUCGUCAUCCUCAUUUCAGCAGAAACGUUUACACAUAAAUCUCACUUUAAUCUCAAACUACUCGUGGCAACUGCAAACAAAUCCAUGCUGAUUUGCACAACUUUAUAUUUCUGAAUUGAUUAAAUUCUCUCCGUGUUCUUAUAAAUAAAAUCUUCAAACUCAUUUACUUUAAAACGUAUUUUUCACUAAUAAAAUGAAUAAUCGGUCCCCCGUGAUCAUUCCCAGGAAAAGAUUAAACCUUUGGUCAAUCUUCCGAGAUGUUGGACCCGAAGUAGAAAAUAUUUUGAGUUCGGCGAAAUUAGCACAUGUCGGGGAAGGGAAAGGAUUCGUCGUCACGCUGGAGGACGACACAUAUUCAUACAUCAGUGACGUCAAUAAUGGCGAAGUAAAUGUCACCCGAAUUCCGGAAUUGUCUCGUGUCCGAGUUAAAGAAUUUUUUGUUGGAUCAAUUUUCCUCGCUUUGACGGACGACGGUGCCCUAUAUUCUUGGAUUAAUGACCACCCCAUGCGUUACGGGGUGCUUAAAUGUGACGAGGAUGUUAAAAACUUGGGCCGCAUCCAACCUGGCACGCUUGAUUGGAGUCAGCCCGAUUUGACGACGUUGCUCGCGACACCGCACCUCGUGGGGGGUGCAUUGACUGAAAAGAAAGUACAGACAGUAGCGUUAUCCUUUCGUGGGCGUGUCAUGGCGUUAACAACGGGUGGCGAAGUAUACCAGUGGGGUGAAAGAGGUCCCCACGGCUCUCCAGAGCCAGUUCUGAUUGCACAGCAGCACUUUCAUAGACAAGCAGUCAUCUCGAUCGCGUGCACUGACCACAUUUCCGUUGCUAUAAAUUUCAGUGGAGAGUUGUUUCAAUGGGAAUUGGAGAACAAGGUGACAAAGAGAGCCUUUGGUCAAAAUUCCCAGUAUAAGAAGAUAACUGCAAGCAGAAAUGUAGUUUUUGCAUUGAGGAUUAAUGGAGUGGUGCAAUGUUUGAGUUUGGGACUUGGACUUCCUCUCCCAACAAUUUCAAGAUAUUGUAACCUCUGGGUGCAGGUGAUAACCCGAUUGAGAAGUUUUUUGCUGAAAUUUGUGACGAAACUUACCACACCAUUUGUGCACAAAAUACACCCACACUACGCACCGUUGUUGAUGACAUUGGCAAGUUGUGGGGAAACGAUGAUGAUGCAGACGUUACAUUUUCCCUGGAAGGGAAAACCAUUAGAGCACACAAGUUAAUACUGAAGGCACGGAGUGAUUAUUUCACAAAGAUGUUUAGCAACGAAUGGAGGGAAAGUCAUGGAUCCGCGAUUGAGAUUAAGGACACGACCUACAAAAUCUUUGAAGCUCUCCUUUUCUACCUGUACCAUGGGAGGAUCAACGUCACGGAGACAGAUUCUAUAAAUAUUUUUGGUCUCAUGAAGUUAGCGGACUCGCAUUGUCACGACGAAGUACACAAGGACUGUGAGAAGCUCCUGAUUCGAAAUAUUACAACGGAAAAUGUGUUCUUCCUCGUUCGAAACGCGCCAUCAGCGAACAGUCUGAUUUGGACAAGGCGGCGAUUAGAUUUAUUCUGGGCAAUCGACA